CUCGCCCUGUCAAUAAUCUCCGCUCCCAGACUACUCCGUUCCUCCGGAUUUCGAUCCCCCUUUUUCUAUCUGUCAAUCAGCGCCGCCUUUGAACUGAAAAGCUCUCAGUCUAACUUCAACUCACUCAAAUCCGAGCGGCACGAGCUCCUCCUGUAUCUUCGGCUUCCCCCCCCUUUGCUCUUUAUAUCUGACUUCUUGUUGUUGUUGGUGUGUUUUUUUUUACCCCCCCUUUUUUUAUUUAUUAUUUUUUUGCACAUUGAUCGGAUCCUUGGGAACGAGAGAAAAAAGAAACCCAAACUCACGCGUGCAGAAGAUCUCCCCCCCUUCCCCUCCCCUCCUCCCUCUUUCCCCUCCCCAGGAGAAAAAGACCCCAAAGCAGAAAAAAAGUUCACCUUGGACUCGUCUUUUUCUUGCAAUUUUUUUUGGGGGGGGGGCAAAACUUUUUUGGGUUUUUUUUUUUUUUUUGGCUUUUCUUCCUACUUCAUUUUUCUUCCAAAAUUGCUGCUGGUGGGUGAAAAAAAAUGCCGCAGCUGAACGGCGGUGGAGGAGAUGACCUAGGCGCCAACGACGAACUGAUUUCCUUCAAAGACGAGGGCGAGCAGGAGGAGAAGAGCUCCGAAAACUCCUCGGCGGAGAGGGAUUUAGCUGAUGUCAAAUCGUCUCUAGUCAAUGAAUCAGAAACGAAUCAAAACAGCUCCUCCGAUUCCGAGGCGGAAAGACGGCCUCCGCCUCGCUCCGAAAGUUUCCGAGAUAAAUCCCGGGAAAGUUUGGAAGAAGCGGCCAAGAGGCAAGAUGGAGGGCUCUUUAAGGGGCCACCGUAUCCCGGCUACCCCUUCAUCAUGAUCCCCGACCUGACGAGCCCCUACCUCCCCAACGGAUCGCUCUCGCCCACCGCCCGAACUCUCCAUUUUCAGUCCGGGAGCACACAUUACUCUGCGUACAAAACGAUUGAACACCAGAUUGCAAUUCAGUAUCUUCAGAUGAAAUGGCCACUGCUUGAUGUCCAGGCGGGGACCCUCCAGAGCAGACAAGCCCUCAAGGAUGCUCGCUCUCCGUCGCCAGCCCACAUCGUUCAGUGCCCCCUCCCUUGCUGCACUCAGGGACAUGACUGUCAGCACUUCUACCCCCCCUCAGACUUCACUGUCAGCACUCAAGUCUUCAGGGACAUGAAAAGGAGCCACUCCUUACAAAAGGUUGGGGAGCCCUGGUGUUUGGAGUCGAACAAAGUGCCGGUUGUGCAGCACCCGCAUCAUGUCCACCCUCUCACGCCUCUUAUCACAUACAGCAAUGAACACUUCACGCCGGGAAACCCACCUCCACACUUACCAGCUGACGUAGACCCCAAAACAGGAAUCCCACGGCCUCCGCACCCUCCAGAUAUAUCUCCGUACUACCCGCUGUCACCUGGCACCGUAGGACAAAUCCCCCAUCCGCUAGGAUGGUUAGUACCACAGCAAGGUCAGCCAGUGUACCCCAUCACGACAGGAGGAUUCCGUCACCCCUACCCCACAGCUCUGACUGUCAACGCUUCCAUGUCCAGCUUUCUGUCUUCCAGGUUCCCUCCCCAUAUGGUCCCACCACAUCACACUCUGCACACGACUGGCAUUCCCCACCCGGCCAUAGUCACGCCGACAGUCAAACAGGAGUCCUCGCAGAGUGACGUCGGCUCACUCCACAGCGCAAAGCAUCAGGACUCCAAAAAGGAAGAAGAAAAGAAGAAGCCCCACAUAAAGAAACCUCUUAAUGCAUUCAUGUUGUAUAUGAAGGAAAUGAGAGCAAAGGUUGUAGCUGAGUGCACGUUGAAAGAAAGUGCAGCCAUCAACCAGAUCCUGGGCCGGAGGUGGCACGCGCUGUCCAGAGAAGAGCAAGCAAAGUACUACGAGCUGGCCCGGAAGGAGCGACAGCUUCACAUGCAGCUGUACCCCGGCUGGUCCGCACGGGAUAACUAUGGGAAAAAGAAGAAGAGGAAAAGGGACAAGCAGCCCGGGGAGACCAAUGAACACAGCGAAUGUUUCCUAAAUCCUUGCCUUUCACUUCCUCCGAUUACAGACCUGAGCGCUCCUAAGAAAUGCCGAGCGCGCUUUGGCCUUGAUCAACAGAAUAACUGGUGCGGCCCUUGCAGGAGAAAAAAAAAGUGCGUUCGCUACAUACAAGGUGAAGGCAGCUGCCUCAGUCCACCCUCUUCAGAUGGAAGCUUACUAGACUCGCCUCCUUCCUCCCCCAACCUGCUAGGCUCCCCACCCCAGGACGCCAAGUCACAGACUGAGCAGACCCAGCCUCUCUCGCUGUCCCUGAAGCCCGACCCCCUGGCCCACCUGUCCAUGAUGCCUCCGCCGCCCGCCCUCCUGCUUGCCGAGGCCGCCCACGGCAAGGCCCCCGCCCUCUGUGCCAACGGGGCCCUGGACCUGCCCCCCGCCGCUCUGCAGCCGCCUGCCAUCCCCCCCGCAUCUCUGGCACAGCCGUCGACAUCUUCCUUACAUUCCCACGGCGCUCUGGCCGGGACCCAGCCCCAGCCGCUGUCCCUCGUCACCAAGUCUUUAGAAUAGCUUUACCCUCCUCAGCCCCGGGUGCUCUGUGGAGUGUUUUCCUCUCGCUUUUUAUUUCCGGUUCCGCCCUGCCCCCACCCUCCUGCCGGGUUUUCGUGUUGUCCUCUUCCGUUUGUGCCACGUGGCUACAUUAGUUAAUGUUUAUCGAGUUCAUUGGUCAAUAUUUGACCCAUUCUUAUUUCAAUUUCUCCUUUUAAAUAUGUAGAUGAGAGAAGAACCUCAUGAUUCUACCAAAAUUUUUAUCAACAGCUGUUUAAAGUCUUUGUAGCGUUUAAAAAAUAUAUAUAUAUACAUAACUGUUAUGUAGUUCGGAUAGCUUAGUUUUAAAAGACUGAUUAAAAAACAAAAAGAAAAAAAAAAGCAAUUUUGAAGCAGCCCUCCAAAAGGAGUUGGUUCUGUAUUAUUUGUAUUAAAUACGAGCUUGCGAACCAAUCAUUUUACAUCUGGUUUUUAAACCAUAAGGGCACAAGGAAUGCAGUGCCAUUUACUUUUUUUUUUUUUUCUGUGUGAAACAACUUUUAUUGUGAUGUUACUUGUUAUUGUUUAAAUGUACAGAAACAAAGGGUUAAAAUGUGUUAAUAUACCUUGUUCCAUGGUGUUGUUCUUUUGGGGGGAGGGGGUUGCUAUUCAACAAUUAAUGGAAUCACAUUGCUGUUGGACCAGUAGUAUUUAUUGCUUUAGAGAUUGCUCGUCGAACCUGUACGUUGUCCCUUUUAAAAUAUGUUUUCCUUUUUCUUGAAACUGUAUAAAGUUUUUUUCCCCUUAGCAUAAGCAUCUUAUAUAUAACAACUCAUUUGUACAAGGUUUUUAAGUUUAUAUAUAAAAUGUGUAUAUAUAUAUUUUUUGUUUCCCUUUUGGACUUUUUUUUUUUUUUUUUUUUUUUUUGCCGUAUGAAACCCAGAUACCGCCAAAUGGACAUUAAUAGUUGCAUUCAAGGAUCAGUAGCAUUAACAAAAGUUGCUUUAAAAGCCAUUAUGUAAAACAAGACUUGAACAUUAGUGAGGGAAUCUUAGAACGCUGUACCAGCAGCAGCGGGAAUUGUCCCGUUUCCCCUGUGAACUCACAGGCGAGCACCCUGCACCCUGAGGACAUGGACUGACCGUGUGCAAAACUUUUUAUGUGCCAAAAUUCUCAGUGACUUUAGCUUUCUCCCUCUUUUCGAUGCUGUAAUUUUCGUUCAUCAUGUUUUGCUGUGAUGUUACAUAGGUAGAUUUGUAUGUAGUUUUAAUGUCACCUAUAACAAGACGUGUUUGGUAGCAGAUUGUCCAGAAAGCAUUUUAAAUGAAGAGGUAUAAACCCUUAAGGGCCAAAAAUUCUGUAUAUUAGAUUACUCUUAAAGGAAAAACCAGCUGCCGCUUUUAUGUACCUGUAUGACAUACAAGUAGGUAGCAAACUUUAAAAAUAAAAAAAAAAAAAACCUAGGCAUGUUGAUGUUACAAAAUGCUGUAUAAAGCUAAAACCUGUUCAUUCAGUGCCAUUGUAGUUGACAUGAAGCGAUUGUAAAACUGUCUCCGGUUUUUCUCUGGUUUAUUAAAAUGCUAACUAUAACAUUUUUUUGUGAAUACUUUGAAUGUUUCCUAACAAUUGUGAUGUUACUGUUCCGUUUUAUGCUCUUAUUCCAAUUUCAUUUUUAAUGGUUUGGAAGCCAUUUUUGUAAUGAAUAAAUGUUCAUGCUGUACAGUAUCUGUAGCAUGCCAUUCUGGAUUAAUAAAAGCAACUUAGUAUGUGCAGAUAAA